UGAAAUGUGCGUCGCUCGGAACGCACAACAACUAAAUUUAGCUAAAACAACUACAACUACAACAACAACGGGGCAGCAGGCAUAAAGAGGCUAUGAGCAAAUAGUACAAAAACUGUCGCCAACUGCACGCGAAAUUUGCCGCGUAGCAGCGACACCCAAAAUAACAACGAAAACAGAAUAAAUAAAUAAAAGCCAAGAAAUUAAAUAAUACAAAACAUCUAAGCAAAACAGAAAAAUGUUGUACUACAUGAACAUCAAUAGCAAUGGAAAAUUGAUCAAAAUAAGUAAUAAGAAUACGGCAAAUAAUAAUUAUAAUAUGAAUACUGAAAUGAAUGUGGACCGAAUGACAAACUAAACUAAACAAACGUAGUUCCUAUGCAUUUGGCCUUGUGUUUAAAUGAAAUUUAACAAGAGCUACGCAAAUUGUCGCGUUCGGCGAUAUUUGCUCAUUUUUAUGGUCCUAUCGCUGCUACUGCUGCCCCUUUCACUCAUAUAUCUGGUAUGGAAUGAGCAGCUGCAAAAGAUUAAGGGAUACGAGGCCUUUAAUUCGCAACAGCUACAGCAGCAGCAUCUGCAACAACAACAGCAGCAACAACAACAACAACAGGCUCAAGAACAACAACAACAACAACAAAAAGGGCAGCAACAUAAACUACAACCAGCAGGUCAAAACUUUCGUUAUCCUGUGCUGCUGUUGAACAAAAACAAAAACAAGGAGCUAACUGUGGUCGCAACGGGCAAGACUAAAAAUAAGUGGCGCUAUGUUGAUAAAAUCAGCAAUGAAACAGGACUCUCCCUCAUACCCGACUAUGCGGUGCAAACGCUUUCAGCGGAGGAAAUGCAGGAAAUGUCCGUGCGCAUGGAGGCGCGACUCAAUAGACUGAGGGACAAGUGCUCGGAGUACGGACUAGAUGUUUUGGGUCAGGAUUCUUGGCAUACGCCCAACACUUGGGAGUUCUUGGUUAAUAAAAAAUAUCAUAUUAUAUGGUGCAAUGUCUUUAAGGCGGCCUCCUCCUCCUGGAUGUUCAAUUUUAAUGUUCUGGCCGGCUACUCGCCGGACUAUUUGCUUAAGACCAAAAAGAUUCUGCUCAAUCUGGCCAGAGACCGCUAUCCACGGGUAACGCUACAAGAGCUACGCGAGGCACAAAAUGAUUCAAUUACGUUUAUCAUAGCUAGAAAUCCUUUUGAGAGACUGCUGAGUGCAUAUAGAGAUAAGAUCGUGUUUGCAUUGCCGUAUUCAUUUCACGACAAGCUUGGUCGCAGCAUUGUGCGAGGCUAUCGCAAGAAGCCCCAGCUGAUUGCCCGUGCUGGCAACACGAAGUAUCCUUCGUUUCCGGAGUUUGUGCACUGGCUGCUGGAUCAGGUGAAGCGAGGCAAUUAUAUCGACAUGCAUUUUGUAUCGGCGACAUCGUUUUGCACCCCGUGCCUGAUCCGAUUCGAUAUGAUAUUGAAGUUCGAAUCGCUGGCCGAGGAUCAACUAUAUCUAAUUGAAAAGACUGGCCUCCAGCGUGUCAUAGCGCCCGUGUGGCGCAACAUGGGCAAAGGAGGUAGAAAGACAGAGGAGCUGCAACAGCAGUUCUAUUCCCAGCUCACCAGGCAGGAGAUGUUGGAGCUAUACGAGUACUACAAAUUUGACUUUGAUCUAUUUGGCUAUGAUAUAAAGGAAUAUUUGCAAUAUGCUCGAGCAGAUGAAUUAGAAGGCGCCGCCGCAUCGGGGGCGUAGUUAACUAAACUUAAAAUUCAUAGAAUUUAGUAAAAUACAAACAAAACACCUAGACACAUAUGAACUAAUUAGCCGUCACAGUACGUAAUUGCAAUGUUGAUAAUAAUGAAUGAAACAAUAAUAAAGUUAAUUGCAAAAACUAUAGAUUGAUA